AACGCAACUCCAAGCUCCCAAUCUCCCCCAAACGCUUUUUUAUCCAUUUUUCCUAAUCCUUAGUCUGCUUUUUCUCUUAAUCCAAACACUCAAACAGAAAAGAAAAGAAAAUAAAGGAAAAUUACGUGUGGUGCUUUUUUCGAAUUCCACCGCCGCGUCCUAUUUCUCUAUCCAUAGUCUGGACAAGAAUUUUUCCCGAGAAACAAACAAAACUGCCCUAUUGGAAGUCUCCACUUGUGUUCUGCGAAAAAUAGAUGUUCAGAAAAAAUUCUCUCCAAUCGACCUAUAACGCAGUUGGAUAGAGUUUCCCAGUUUUAUCCAUUUGCCUCGGUUACAACAAAACAUUUAAUUUAUUUUAUUUUAUUUGUAUCUAGAAAUAAUUUCCUGAUUAGGAGAAAGGUUUUCCUCCUGAUAUUCAAUAUUCUUGGUGAAAAGGAACCAAACAAAAUGAUGAGAAGGCAACAAGAUCAGCAGUCGAGGGUUUUGUAUGAGCUUUCAACCUUAGUUCUCAACAUCCUUCGAUCUCCUCCAUCGCCGAUUCCGUUUCCCGAUCAGUCACCGGAGAUGCCUUCGGCACGGAGGUCGUCGUCGUCCGCGGCGUCGCAGAUCACGCCGGCGGGAUUCGCUUCGCUACUAUUGGGGAUUUCUCUGGCUCUGAUGCUUUGUGGAUCGGUAACUUUCUUUAUCGGAUUCAUAUUGAUGCCUUGGGUUCUUGGAUUGGUGAUGGUGUUCUACGUGGCUGGGAUUGUUUCGACCCUCUCCAUGUUGGGUCGCUCCAUUUUUUGUUACGCCACGGGACCUCCUCAGCCCCGGAAGGACAUUCCUGCAUGGAAAGUAUUGUGAAGAGGAUGAGGCGAGUCAGAGGGGGAGUUAAAUGCUUCGUUAAAGACAGAGCAGCACACAAUGUUGUUGUCAUUGAUUGAUUGGCUGUUGCUGCAUCUAGAUUCUGAUGCGAAGUGAAGUUUAUAGAAUCUUCUUUAAGAACUGUGGAUAACCAGUCUUCAAAUCAAAUUUUACUGAACUAUGUGGAUACGGCUUCUUUUGUCAAGUUCAAAUAGCAAAUCAAUGGAAGUUUUUUAUUUACUACCACUGCCCAAUAUGAGAAGAUGGGAUAUGGUCUUUUUCUUCUCAUACUUACUAAUUAUCUCUCAAGUUUUUUUAUAUUAUUAUUAUUACUGUACUUUGAAUCUGUAAAUUUACAUUAUUAUAGGCACUAUUGUUUCUGAAUGAGGUCAAAAAGUGGAAUCAUCUGCAUCUCGAAAUAGUAACCCUUAAAAUGUUAUAUUAGUCAUGUUACCUUGUUCUGUUCUGAAUAUUUAUGUGUCUGUGUGUGUAUGUGGGGCGUGAGAUGGGAGUGGCAGACAAAGCUCCUUCAACCUGGUCUGCAGUUCCAAUCAAUGUCAACUGGGUCAGAUUUAGAUUGAGAUAAAGAUGAAGGAAAAAGCAAUUGCUACUAUGUAGUCACUUCCUGUAUUUCAACUGUUAUUGCUUUAACUUGUUGCAUAGCUCGAUGAGAUGGACAUGGCUUGAUGCAUAGUUGAAAGGUCAACUUACUUAUUAAACCACAUCAACUUCUUGUUUUUCAUGACACAAUUUUCACGCGCGAAUCCUUAUAAACUUCUUCCUUAUCAUUUAGUUA